UCCCCUCCCACCGCGAUGUGCCAUUGGCUAACAUCGGUGUGUCAUAAUACACUGUGGCAUGCGAGGUGUUAGAAAAGUCCGCGACUUCUGUUUACACUGUAAAAAGUGAGUAGAAGAUGCUGUUCUCCGGUGUGUCAGUGCCAGAUUCGUUCCAACCGGUGAGAGUGACUGUCCCGUGGUCCAUGAUAAUUACGUAGGAAGCUGUUACUGGCAGCACCUUGUGAAGGCUUGCAAGAAGAGGGUGAAACGGGAGAAUUUCUCCCGGUUCAGCGUAUCCACUUGAAAGUGAAGCAGCAGCUACAGUAUGGUUGCACUGACGAAGGGACGCUACCUCUCAUUGGGCUUCGUGUUUCUUGUUUAUUGCACAACUUGCACGAAAUCUAAAGGAGCCACAGGUGACAUCCUGCCAGACUCCCUACCAUCAGUCCCAGGUACCCUGCCUCACUUCCUGAAGGAACCAGAAGAUUCCUACAUAAUCAAAAGCAACCCAAUCAAGCUGCUGUGUCGGGCUGUGCCUGCCUUGCAGAUAUUCUUCAAGUGCAAUGGAGAAUGGGUGCACCAGAAUGAACAUGUGUCCCGGGAGUACAUGGAUCAGAACACUGGUCUGAAGGUGCGUGAGGUGCUGAUCAACGUGUCUCGUCAGCAAGUGGAGGACUUCCACGGCCCAGAGGACUACUGGUGUCUGUGUGUGGCCUGGAGCCACCUGGGCACCUCCAAGAGCCGCAAGGCCACGGUACACAUCGCAUACCUGAGGAAGAACUUUGAGCAGGACCCCCAGGGGAAGGAAGUGCCAAUCAAAGGGAUGAUCGUGCUGCAUUGCCGCCCCCCAGAGGGAGUGCCCACGGCAGAGGUGGAGUGGUUGAAGAACGAAGAGCUAGUGAGCUCCCUGACGGAUGACAACAUUGACACCCGAGCUGACCACAAUCUCAUCAUUAACGAGGCACGGCUGUCCGACUCGGGAAACUACACGUGCCUGGCCAGCAACAUUGUGGCCAAGAGACGCAGUGCCACAGCCACUGUGGUUGUUUUUGUGAACGGUGGAUGGUCGCUGUGGACAGAGUGGUCUCCUUGUAACGUGCCCUGUGGUCGGGGUGUCCAGAAACGCUCCCGUACCUGUACCAACCCUGCCCCGCUCAACGGAGGAGCUUUCUGCCAGGGCAUGUCUGUGCAGAAGAUCACCUGUAAUGCGCUCUGUCCAAUUGACGGUGGCUGGGAAAAGUGGAGUGAGUGGACGGCGUGCAGUGUGCAGUGUGAAAGACAGCGUAGAAGGGAGUGCAAUAACCCACCGCCCAGGCACAGGGGCAUUAUGUGUGAGGGGCCCAGCAAUGCCACCGAGAACUGCACUGGAGGAAUGUGUACCCAGAAUGGAAAGCUGCUGCAUGAUGUUAAACCUCAAAGUAUGGACGACUCCAACGACGUGGCUCUCUACUCUGGGCUGGGGUCGGGAGUCAUAGUUGUGGCUGUCCUUGUGGUGGCCGUCAUGCUGUACAGGAGGAGCCAGAGUAACUACGGCGUUGACGUCAUCGACUCAUCCGCGCUCACUGGGGGCUUCCAGUCUUUCACCUUCAAGACCACCAGACAAGGGAGCCCACUGCUUCUCAACUCCUCUCUGCAGCCAGAACUGACAGUGGGCCGGACUUAUAGCAGCCCCAUCUGCUUCAAGGACUUCAUAGACAAUAAAGAGCUCUUUGACCACCUACCAGACAACAAGGUCAAAGUUCAGAGCUCCUUUAUGGUUUCACUAGGUGUGGCCGACCGCGCUGAGUACCACGCUCCCAAAGGCCAUCCGCCCGAGACCUUCCCCAGGGGGCUGAACCGAGACUACAGCAACAGCACUGUGGAGAGACGGAGCACCAAGAAGGGCCUGCUCACCCCCAACGGGCCCCCCCUCACCCCCACUAAAGAUCAGAUGAGAACCACGGGCGUGUUUGGGCAUCUGGGCGGCCGGUUGGUGGUGCCAAAUACUGGAGUCAGCCUGCUGGUUCCCCAUGGUGCGAUCACUGAGGACACUUCCUGGGAGAUGUACAUGGUGAUAAAUCAGGGAGAGUCUAGUUUCCAGACGGAGGAAGGCUGUGAGAUCCUACUAGGACCAGAGGUCACCUAUGGUCCUCUAGGCCUAGACCUCUCCAGUCCUGUUGCUAUGACGAUAGCUCACUGUGCAGAGGUUGACACUGAGAACUGGAACAUCCAACUGAAGAGGAAAACACAGGACAACAGUUGGGAGGAAGUGAUGUCAGUAGAGGAUGAGUCAACAUUCUGUUACUGCCUGAUGGACUCCAGUAGCUGCCACCUGCUGCUGGACCAGCCUGGCUCCUACGCCCUGGUUGGUGAACCACUCACUCAGGCAGCCGUGAAGAGGCUGAAGCUAGCAGUGUUUGGCAGCAUGGGGGCCACACCCAUGCACUACAGCCUCCGAGUGUACUGUGUGGACGACACGCCAUACGCCUUUCAGGGAGUGGUGGCCACAGAGACCAGUAGAGGAGGACAGCUCCUGGAGGAACCUAAGAUGCUGCCUUUCAGAGGGAACACCUUCAGCCUCCAGGUCUACAUCCAGGAUGUCCCACAAUUUCUAUGGAGCAUCAAACCCUUUACUACGUGUCAGGAAUUCUCAUUUUCCCAAGUGUGGUGCAGCAAUCAGAAGCCCCUGCACUGUGCCUUCUCCCUGGAGAGAAACAGCCCCACCACCACCCAGCUCUCCUGCAAGAUCAGCGUGCGCCAGGUCAAAGGUCAUGAGCAGAUUCUGCAGGUCUAUACGUCCGUGGCGGAGAGCAAGAAGGAGUCAGUCCCAUUUUUUACCCAGACGGACUGCACCGUCACCUCACAGGCAGGGCCCAAGGCCUUCAAAAUCCCCCUCUCCAUCCGCCAGAGGAUAUGUGCCACCUUUGACACUGCCAAUGCCAAGGGCAAGGACUGGCAGCUCUUAGCCCAGAAACUCAAUCUAGAAAGAAACCUGUCAUAUUUUCUUAAGCAACAGAGCCCCUCUGCGGUCAUACUGAGCCUGUGGGAGGCACGACACCAAGACACUGGUGACCUGGACUCUCUGGCAAGCGCUCUGGAGGAAAUUGGCAAGAUCCACUCCAAAAGUGCUGCAGCAAAGAGCCAGGACCCUGAAUCAGACUUAGUACAUAAUUUAGGAACAGGAAGCCCAGGCAACCCAGUGUGUGGAAUGGGUGAACUCACCAAUCAUGAGACUGCUAACUCAGUCCAAGAGUAUACUGGCUGAUUUAUGAGAGGAAUUCUUCCUCUACAUAGAUCCCAACAACAGAAGCGUAAUGCAUAAGAUGGAGAUUGUUGUUCACAGUGCAAAACAACAUGACCGACAACAAUGACCACUGAAAAAAUAUCAAAUCUGUCAUUGCUGUGUGCAUACUGUAUCCACCCUUUUCUGAGGAUGUACUGUAAAUCUGUUUUGCCUUUCUGUGUUCCAUUCCCUCCAUUAUUUUCCUCUUAGUCAAUCCAUUCUUAAGUCAGGCUGCCCCUCAAUUGAGUUUCUGUUGCCCUUGUUUUCUUAUUCUGUUGUUGGGACCAACCAAUGCUCUUCAGAGAGUGGAACAGCUCUUCAAUCAUCCCGAGAGGUUGAAACUAUCCUCAGUGUCCAAAUGGAAGCCCAUUUCCGAUGUAGUGCAGUACUUCUGGCCAGAGCCCUAUGGACGCUGGUGAAAAGUAGUGCACUAAAUAGGUAAUAGGGUCUUCUAUUUGGGAAGGAACCAAUAUCACACCCAUUUACCGUAAGACAUCUCUUGGUAUUGUAUUCGUUCCUAUUUGAAUACUAGGUCAUCAAUUCCAAAUAAUGUAUCAAAUGGGAGAAACCACUCUGAAAAACGUGAAAGGUACAGAUUUUAAUAACAUGAUUUUUACUGUAAUGGCAAAACCCCUGACGAUGAUGAAAUGUCUUUGUGUCAGGCUAUUGUGUGUGUGUAUGUGUUUGUGUGUGUGCGCACGAGUUGUGGUUUGGCCACCCAGGGGGAGAAGGAGAAAGCUGGAGGAGUUGUAAGACAUCAUUUCCUGGCCCUGUGCCAUGUGUAACACUGCAUCUUAUCACCCACUUUCAACCAUUGACACCUGUCAAAGAGCUGCAUAGCUAUCCACCACACACAAGCCUCCCAGCAGAGGCACAGCACUUCACAGGACAUCAAUGUGGAUAGAAUGUGUUAUGGUAUGGAAGCCCUUCUGGUACAUUAAGCAUGCAUGUUUAACAUCCUGUUGUACUGUACAAGUAAGGGGAGCCCAUAGGGCUCUGAACAAAAGUAGUGCACUAUGUAGGGAAUAUGGUGCCAUUUGGGACGCACCUUAAAUGUCAUAGGAAAGCAGGGGAUUAUGAAUUACUGGUCUGAACAAUAGGCACUGUUUUGAACAUGUUUAGAAAAGACAUCCAGCUAAAACAAAAAUGAAAGAAUGAAACAGUAAUUCAAAGGGCGGAUGUAUACUUUAAAGUCAUUGUUAUUAUGCAUAUUUCUGUUGUAUGUGUUCAGUGUGAUUUCUCAUCUACAGGUUUGGAUCAUGUCCCUUUGUAGUUACUCACUGCUUUCAUUGCUAUAGUAUUAUGAUCAUAAUAACACGGAUUUGAAAUUAUCUGAAUAGUUUUUGAAAAUGUUGCUCAUUUUACAAAAGACGCUCAACUUGUUGAUUGUACACAUGUUGCAGUCUCCUCUGAACUACUGUACCUAAAACACUGUUGGCACAUAGUUUGUUAUAUGCAAUUUCAUAUACAACAGUAUGCGUCCCAAAUGAUACCCUAUUCCCAAUAGUGCGCUACUUUUGAAUAGUGCACUUUAAAGGAAAUAGAGUUCCAUUUGGGACACAAAACAUACAGUGUUGAGCUGAAGAGUGUUUAUGCUACAUGACCGGAUUCAUGUACCAGUUUUGUCGCUCUCAUCAUGAAGGAUUACAUAAGAGCUGAAGUUACGUUGUACGUGAAACCUACAUUGCUAUUCAGAUUGGCUAUACUCUAGUGAUCAAUCGAAUGUUAAUCGUUAUACAACCCAGCUGGCUAUAGAACAGAUUAGUGAGUGAGCUUUACAUUUUGAAUAUGAUUGUUUUUUAAUUGUUAGUUGUUGAAUUCUCCUCCCCUGUACUAAUGUGAGCAAGAGUGGUACAAAAAAUGGAAGCAAGUGUGCUGUUGUAAUGCUAAACAGUGGCUGAUGUUGCAUUAAGAGCAUUUGUCUGUAAAAUACAAUACAUCUUAACAACCAAACAGAAUUGUAACUAUUUUAUUUAAUGCAGCAAUGCUGAGUCAUGUCCAUCUUAUUAAAUGUUGAAGUUAAGUUUGUAAAUGUUAAGUGGGGCCACUGAGCUUUGAACCAUGAACACACACACACACACACACACACACACACACACACACACUCUCUGUAUACUUAUGCUUUGUGUUAGAGUAUUGCUGUGUCACUGGCUGAAGAGUUUACUGUUGGACCCCUGAUUUACUGUCCCCUGAGCUGGGAUGUGUCCCAAAUGGUAAUUUAUUCCCUAUAGUGUGUACUGCUUUUGACUAGAGCCUUAUGGGCCCUGGUGAAAAGUAGUGCAGUAUAUAGUGAAAAGGGUGCCAAUUAGGACACAACCCUGGUAACUAGAUCUCCACCCUGAUUUACAUCACGGAUGGAUGUUACCUAGCUCUGGUCCAGGGUAUUAGCUGGCUCAGCGUUAUCAUGCAACACUAACCCCGUGUACCAGAGCUAGAGGUUACGAUGCUCCUUUUUACAUCACGCAUGGCCUUGGGCUUCAUGUCACUAUUCUUGUGCCUUGUUUAACUACUGUAAAUGGUGAAUGUUGUAAAGUACAGAUGGGGAUGAAAAAAAGCAACAAAACAAAACCAUACCAAUAUACAUUUAAAAAAGUAUUAGUUCAAAAAAGUAUUUAAGAUGAAAUCAUUUACUAGGCUGCAGAGCUUUUCUAGUGCUAAACAUAUAUGUUUGGUAUUGCCAGGGCAGCUUUGUGGUAUAUUAUAUCUAUAUAAUUAUGGACAUUUUGGAUGUUUUAUGUACAGUAGAAUUUGCAAAUGUAUAUGUAGCCUUUUGGAAAUAAAUGUACAGUUGAAAAGUC